CGAUAGUGCAGCGCUCCCCUGCAGUCCAGGACUCAGCGUGCAGCAAAGCCUCCACAUUUCUCUUCUGCUUGCUAGGCUUCCCUUUCUCUUCUCCACUCCUGCCUCUUUCCUCCUCUUUCCCAUGUUCUAAUUUUGUUUGCCACCCCCUCCUUUUCAUCAUUUGCACUUAUCACUUUCUCCUCCUCCACUCUUCUUUUAUUCUUUCUGUCCCACUCUCUCCUCUAACCUCUAAUACCACAUUUUUCUUCCUGGUGGAUGGAGUAAAAGGCUUUUCUAACACCUGUACUUUCUGGUCCUCCUCGCAUCACGUCCCAUGGGCAUCCGUGCAUCUUGCAGACCAGAGCCUCAUGGCCGUGGAGGUGGCUCUCAGCAAGGUCAGGCAGACUCCCCCCUUCCAGAGCAGGAUGAGGAGAUCCUGGGCUCUGAUGAUGAUGAACAGGAGGAUCCUAACGACUACUGCCGGGGUGGAUACCACCAUGUGAAGAUUGGAGAUCUGUUCAAUGGGAGAUACCAUGUGAUUCGUAAGCUGGGCUGGGGGCACUUCUCCACUGUGUGGCUGGCCUGGGACAUCCAGGAGAAGUGCUUUGUAGCCAUGAAAGUUGUAAAAAGUGCUGAACAUUACACUGAGACGGCUCUGGAUGAAAUAAAACUGCUCAAAUCUGUGAGAAACACUGAUCCCAGAGACCCCAACAGAGAGAAAGUGGUACAGCUGCUAGAUGACUUCAAAAUUUCCGGCAUGAAUGGAACUCAUGUGUGUAUGGUCUUUGAGGUGCUGGGCUACCACCUCCUGAAGUGGAUUAUAAAGUCAAACUAUCAAGGCCUGCCCCUACCCUGUGUUAAAAGCAUCAUACGACAGGUUCUGCAGGGCCUAGACUACCUCCACACCAAGUGUAAGAUCAUCCACACAGACAUCAAACCAGAGAACAUUCUGCUGACUGUCAAUGAGCCGUACAUCAAGAAAAUGGCUGCUGAAGCGACGCAGUGGCAGAAAUCUGGUGCUGCUCCUCCCUCUGGAUCUGCAGUGAGUACAGCACCAGCACCCAAAACAAUGGCCAAAAUGUCAAAGAACAAAAAGAAAAAGAUGAAGAAGAAGCAAAAGAAGCAGGCAGAAAUGCUGGAGAAGAGAAUCCAAGAGAUGGAAGGAGGAGCUCUACCUGAUGGUGGAGAGGAAGAGGAAGAUGAAGAGACAACCGAGACCACUGAAGAUACAACUUCCACUGCUACCCUCUCUGUGUCUACUACAUUGCAAGACAUUACAAACCAUACUAGUACAGACUCAACUCCUGAUGAGCAGCCUCAGCAGAUGCUUCCGCCAAAUGAACAGAGAGUGGAUGCAGCCGUGGAGGAGAACAGGAUGGAAGUGAACUGCAACGGCAACACAUCCUCACAGGAGAGCAAUGCCAGUACAGAGGCACAGGGGACCAAGCAGUCUAAAGAGGAACAGGAGGACCAACAGAAUGCAAACCAGCCAGAAAAAAGCACAGAGACCCAAGACACAUUAUGUAACAAAGAAGAGCAUCAGACCUGUAUCACCUCACAUGGAGAAAAUGACCCCACCCUGCAGCAACUCCCUGAUCCCCUCAGCUCUGACAUCACUGUAGAGCAAAAGGAGGAAAAAAAUGGGGAAAAGAAGAUGGAGGACUUAGACACUCAAGAAGAGACAAAAAUUGGGAAUGAAGAAGAUGAAAGCCAGAGUGGUUCAGCAGGCAGUUUGUUAGUAAACCCCCUGGAACCUUUAAAUGCUGACAAGCUCCAGGUUAAGAUUGCUGACCUUGGCAAUGCCUGCUGGGUGCACAAACAUUUCACAGAUGACAUCCAGACUCGACAAUACCGUUCACUUGAGGUCCUGAUUGGCUCCGGCUACAGCACUCCAGCGGAUAUCUGGAGCACAGCCUGCAUGGCCUUUGAACUUGCAACUGGAGAUUAUCUGUUUGAGCCCCACUCUGGUGAAGACUACUCCAGAGAUGAAGAUCACAUAGCUCUGAUCAUUGAGCUGCUAGGUAAAGUUCCUCGGAAACUGAUCUUGGCAGGCAAAUACUCCAAGGAAUUUUUCACUAAGAAAGGUGACCUGCGUCACAUCACCAAGCUGAAGCCUUGGGGUCUGUUUGAUGUCCUGGUAGAAAAGUAUGAGUGGUCCAAAGAGGAGGCUCAUUCCUUCAGCACCUUCCUGCUACCCAUGCUGGACCUGGUGCCUGAAAGGAGGGCCACUGCGGCCCAGUGCCUCUCCCACCCAUGGCUCACAUCCUAGAAGCCACCCAUACACACUGCUCCGCUUCAUGUUGUGAACAGCUCCAUCUGGUUUGAAGGCCCUGAACUUGGAAAUAUAAAUACAUUUAUGUCUGCAAGAGCCUUAUCGUGCCUGCACCACAUAGUCAUGUCCCAGCCUGCCCACACACUUCCACACAACGGAGAGAUGGACUGCUCUUGAGUCUUUGUCCUGUAAUGGAUUUCACUGUUUAUAGAAGGAGCAUGAGGUUCUCUCCCUGUAUUUGUGGCUCUUUCUUUUUUUUUCUUUUGUUACAGGCUAUAUUUUCUAACUGCAGGUGUUUUUGUUGCACAUUACUCUGCCAGAAUUAAAAUGAAAUUGCACUUUCUACAAAAGCAAAAGGCAGGAUGCUAACAGAAACAUGAAGGCAACCAUCAAAACUUCUUCUAGUUCCCCAGUGAUUCAGAUCUGCCAGCCAUGGUGUCAUGUGUGCCAGCUUUUAUGCAUUUUACUUUAACGGUGUGCUCAGAGUUAAUUGAUGCACAGUGCUAACUGGAAUAAGGAGUUACUAGUAGUCUUUAAAGCACUGUUAGAUUUAUCACCACCGAGAACAAAAGAAGAAACCUUUUGUAUAUUUGUACACAGACGGCAUCACCGGAUUAGGAAAAAAACACAUUUUAGGCAUUGUGCACCACGGAGAGAUUCAUCCAGAUUUACACUCUGAGAACUGCAUUUUUUUCACUUUUUGAUUUGUUUUUAGUUUCUGCAGUAUUUCAUGUCAUCUUGGAAUAAAGAAUUUGGUACAACACUAUGUGAACCAAAAUCAGAUUCUUUUUUUACUUGAUGGAUCAGUUGGCAGAAAGUUUAUGUAAAUGCUAUUUCAUGUUUGCAUUCCUUUGCCUGUUUGGAGGGAUUUCAUUUAUCUUUGCCCACAUUAACACGUAAAUCAAACUAUAUGCGCUUUCACAUCCAUUGUACAGUCCAGUGUACCAAAGAUUUGGCUUCUACAGAUUUCCAAACAUAACAGUGAACAGUGAGGAAUGAAGGUCCCAUCUGAGGGGCUUGAUUUAAAAAAAAAAAAAAUCUCUUAUGUGAUUUUUUUUGGAAAUUGAUUGAAUCACUCAGAUGAUACAUUUUGUUUGAAGUUUGCAAGAUUUUUCUUUCUUCUUGUUGACUUGCUGGAAUGAAAGGAAAAAAAAAACCAGAUUGUACUAAUAACGUAUUUUGAAUUCCAUCAUAGUUUUCAUGCUUUGUUUUUCUAAGUCUCUUUUGUCCAUGUCUUCCUCCUUUGUUUACUUCUUUCUGUAGGUAAUAUGAAUAAACAUUUUUCAAAAUUUA